AGAGUGAUGGGACCCGGCUGAGGGAACAGCAGCGAGUGAUCACUCUCCGAGCUGGUAAUGACAGGUAGACAGAUGUGAAGGAUGACUUCCUGCUCAGAGAUCUGUAGGUCGGACUACAAUGAGCAGGCUCAAGCCAGUGGGAACUGCCAGCAGUACGGAGUCCGCUCCUACCUACACCAGUUUUAUGAGGAAUGCACCGCUUCCAUCUGGGAACGUGAUGAAGAUUUUCAGAUUCAGAGAUCACCAAGCAGGUGGAGCUCUUUACUCUGGAAGGUCUGUCUCGCGUUCGGCUCUCUGAUCUUGCUAGUAGGCCUCAUUGUCGUGUUGGUGGGUUACGGCACUCCAGCCAGGAUUGAAGCAUUUGGCGAGGAUGAUCUGCUUUUUGUCGACAGCCAUGCAGUCAGUUUCAACCGCGCACUAGAUGUUUGUAAGCUGACCGGUGCUGUGCUGUUUUGUGUGGGAGGCACCUCCAUGGCUGUGGGUCUCCUCCUGUCUGCCUUUGCCAAAAGCUACUCCAAAGAAGAGCUGUACCUGCAGCAGAAGUUUAAGGAGAGGUUGGCUGGUCUGCAAGCAGCAGUUGGUACUCCCAUAAUGAGGGCGCCGACCCCCGGAGAGGGAAAGGUUCCAGUCACACUUUCCAAAGUGCAGAACAUCCAGCCGACGGCCACAAAGUCAGAGACCUGACAGAAGUCCACAUGAAGUCAUACAGUGUGUGUGCUUGUGUGUGUGUGUAAAAGAGUGAGAGAUGAUCGAUUUGUGAACACACAGUGUGAGUGUGAACAUGUUUGUGGAUGUCGAUGUGUGUGCAUUUUCUCCUUUUUUCCAAAGGUCAGCUUACAUGAAUGAUAGUUUUGGUUCUUUAUCUUUAUUUGCCGUGUUUGACCAUAUAUCUGGAUUAUUUUAAGGUUCUAAAGGUGCAGAGUGGAUAUAGCUGAGCAAAGGAGCAUUAUACUUAUUAUACUUAUACUUAUAUAAGAAACAAACCACAGAAAAUGAGAAUGCAACAGCUGAACAACAAAAAAUUUAGUUUUGAUGUUUUUCUUUUGGAAGGAAUCACAUUUGUAAAAGUAGACUGUGUAUCUGCUGGAUGGUGUAGCGCAUUAGAUGCAGUGUUUGAAGUGCUAAUUAGUCCCCAUUCACAAAAAUGAUCAAAAGAAGCCAUGGACACAGCAACUAUCAUCUCUAUCCAAAAGAACAUCAGAGGAAGUAUUUCCAUGUACAAAGAACUUUUUGUGUUCCCCGUGUUCAUUUUUAUGCAGCGCAACUUAUCACAACAACCAAUGAGAGCUGUCAAUCGAAACCGCACAAUAUCAAUACAUGUGCUUAGCUUAUUAAUACUUCUGUAAGUGCUGUUUAUACCGCCAGUGAGAGGAAGAGAAGACUUAGCAGAUAUUAAGCUUGAAGUUUACAGAUGAUCAGAGCAGAUUAGAAGAGACCUUAAAGGGUAGAUUUCACACUGACAUUUUCUCCUGCCUUAUUAGGCCUCUGACCUUCAGUAAGUUUUCAGACAGGAUCGAUAGAACAGACAACACAGACCGAUGAGAGCUACAUUGAAUCAGACAGAGCAUGCAGAACAACAUAGUCUGUCCCUGAAUCAAGGGACUACCUGCAGGAUAAUACAAACAAUGCAUCCAUAAUGGAUCCCAUCUUUGAUUUUUCCUGUUUUGUUUUACUAAACACUUCAUUACCCUUUCUCUCUCUCUGUAACAAACACAAGCCUGUAGACACACAGCUAUCCCUCCAGCCAUUUUUACAACAGUUUGAAUCAAAUCAUCUUCAGCCAGCUGUCAGAAGUGCAGGUGCUGCGGGGUAAAAUUGUGCAAAGGGAGCAUCAAGAGAGGCAGCAACGUGACAGAGAUGUUACAUAAGAGGGUGUGAGGAGAGCAUGACCAACUCUCCAGUGCGAUCACAUCAGAUACAUCGGGCCUGAUUUGCUGUUCUCAGUCGCUCUGGAUCCACAGAUGUUUUACAAUGCAUUAAAAUAUCUGCCUUCCAUAAAGCAUAAUGUAUCAUAGAAAGAUGGAAAACAACAAGGGUUCUAUUUACUGGUUUCAUUUUCACUUGUGUGCCAUAGAAUUAAAGAAGGUUUCUAUCUACUUCAAACAAACUCUUUCACUGUAACUUAAAGCACAAUAGGCUGCUAAGGUCGUUCUGCUGCUUUUAAAUCGUACAUGUUGUAUGACUAUAUGUAAUUUAAAUCUGUUUUGAUUUUUGUGACCAUGACACUUUAUAUGAUGCUUUUAGUGACUUUUUUGUAUCUUUUCUUUAUCUUUUGAACUCAUUGUGCACAAAAACUUUAACUGUAAAACUGCAGAUUUUUCUUUAAGUGCUUGGUUACAAAAUGUUCUAGUAGUAGUCACUGUCUAAGUGCCAUCCUGCAACAUACAUUGCUGUGCAUUAAUGCUGCAGGAACCCUUCCAAACGAUGUCUCCUCCUCAGAUCCAUGCAGCUACGAUGCAUUCACUUACUGUAUAAAUCAAUGAACUGCUAUGCUGGCUAAGAACGCUCGUGUAAGUUGACCUUUUCCUUUACUUCCAGCAACCUUCACUUAUUUGUCUUUUACUUUGAUUUAAUUUGCCACAUUUGGUCUCAGAUAUAACUCAGAAAUGUAGCUCUAACUUUAAAGAACAGCACAUAAGUAAUAAAACACGUUUUUAACCACUGUUUAGCUGCAAACCAACAAUAAACUAUAAGAAGUUAAUCUGUAAACCAGCUGGGAUGAACCAAACCACCAGUGUGGUAAGAGCAUUUUAAAGUGAUCGAUUAAUGUGCUGACUUGUAAUUCUUCAUGCUGUAAUCUGUGAAUUUGUUUUUAUCCUUACAUUGACCAAAGUUUUGCAUCACAACUUCACAGAGAUUAUUUUUAGUUUUCAGCUGGACCGUCAAAGAGAAACGGUCCCCGGUUUAAAUGUCUCCUGAUGUAACAGUGGAUUCAAUUUAAAAGUAACUAUAUACUGCUGUGUUGGAGGUUGGAUGGAUAAGGAACAAAUAUAUAUAUAUAUAUCAGUGUCUAUAUAUACAGUAUGUCUAUUUUUCAAAGAACACAAUAAAAUUAUCUGCAGCUU